GUUCUACCCCUGUCUUCCCCAAAACUAAAUAUCAUCUUCUUCCUAUAAAAACCCCUUCCCAUCUUCCCCUUCAAUCCCCUCCCUCCGCCUGUUCAGUGUUCAUCAAUCCCACAACUCCAACCUCCCAAAAACCUGCAUUUCCUUUCCCCCCCCCACCAUCUCAAUCUUUUCCUUACUGCCAUGGAUUCCUACAACAAAACUUCCUCCCCUUUCGACUGCCUUCUCUUCGCAGAUUUGGACGACACCCUUUACUCUUCCAAGAUUGGAAUAGCCGAAGCUCUCCGGAACAACAUCGACGAUUUUCUGGUUGAGAAAUGUGGAUUCUCCCAGCACAAAGCUCCAAGUCUCCGAUCGGAGCUCUUCAAGACUUACGGCAGCUCUCUUGCCGGCUUACGGGCGUUAGGCUACAAUAUCGACGCCGAUGAGUACCACAGUUUCGUGCACGGAAGAUUGCCUUACCACUUGAUCAAGCAAGAACCUCAACUACGCAACCUCCUGAGAAGUAUCCCCCAAAGGAAAAUCAUAUUCACGAACUCGGACAGGAACCACGCAAUCGCGGCGCUGAAAAGGCUAGGAUUGGAAGACUGCUUCGAAAAGAUCAUCUGCUUCGAGACCAUGAACCCGAACCUGCCCAACUCGACCCGACCCGACGAGUUCCCGGUCCUCCUCAAGCCCUCCAUGGACGCCAUGAAAAUCGCCCUCCGCGCCGCCGACGUCGAUCCCCGCCGCACGCUGUUUCUAGACGACAACUCCCGCAACGUGGCAGCAGGGAAAGCUCUGGGCCUCUCCACCGUCCUGGUAGGGAAGACGGUGAAGAGCCCAGAAGCGGACUACGUGCUGGAAAAGAUCCACAAUCUCGCACAGGUGGUGCCGGAGAUCUGGGCCGCCGCCACCGGCGAUCAACGGAUCAACCGGAGCAAGAGCAAGAGCGAGAUGGAUUCGAUUCUCGUCACCGCCGCGGCCACUGUGAUGGCCUAAUUGGAAGGUUGAACGUAACUGUACACAAGAUCUGCGUACAUUACUAUGGAGUUAAAUGGUACAUAGGUGUAAACAAGUUGCUAGAGUAACGUGAUGGGCGUGACAAAUAAAGGGGAAAAAAAGAACAAGUUGUACAUGUGAUGUGUAUUACUAAUUAAUGGGUUUAAUGUAAUGUUUGUAACGAGGUUUCAUGGUGUUGAAGAAGUGGAAAUAAGAAAUGUAAAGUUGCUUUCUAGAACCUUCUGGGUUUGUUGUUAUUUUGAUAUGAUCGAUUGUUAAGAAGCCUUGGGUUGGUGUGGGGAAUGGGAUCACGAUUAGUAUGCAUUAGGAUAUUCCACCAAUUUGUUCGACCAAAUUUGACCGCACUCAAGCAUAUGCCUAGGAAGCCUGUUGAUUAGGUAAACGGAAUGAAAGAAUGCAAUCAUUUCAUUAUUGUAAAGGAAGCCAAACUACAAAGGUAAAGAUAGUCUAACUAACGGUAGCUUCAAGCGAGACAUGUUGGUGUUUCAGGAGGUAUGAGGUUGUUG